AUGCACGUGAAUGAUGCAUUGACGGAUAAUAAUUAUAACGACUGGGUUCAAGAGAUGGAAAAUUUCUUGUUUGCCAAGAACAAGAUUGGGGUCAUUGACGAAUCGAUAAUAAAACCAGAAAAGACGGAAGCAGACGACAUGGCGUGGAUGAGGUGUGAUGCGAUGAUAAAAGGGUGGCUCACCACCGCCAUGGAAAAUGAGAUCCGCACCAGCAUCAAAUACGCCAACAAUGCAAUUGAGAUGUGGUCAGACCUUCGUGAGAGGUUUGGAAAAGAAACAUACUACAUAAAGCUUCGAGGAUUAUGGGAUGAGAUUCAAUCGGUCCUCCUUACUCCUCGUUGCACUUGUGAUAAAUGUGAUUGUGGUUUGGGAAAAUCACAUGUUGAAUUGAAGGAGAAAGAAAGGUUAUAUGAGUUUCUCAUGGGCCUUGAUAGUGAGUUCUCGAUUUUAAGAACUCAAAUACUGGCUUUGAAAUCGACACCAUCUCUUGGAUUUGCUUAUCAUCAUGUUGUUGAGGAUGAACAACAUAGGUCCAUCACCAACACCAAGAGACCCACUGUUGAAGCAAUAGCUUUCCAAGCCUACACCAAGACCAAUACCAAUCAACAUGGAAACAAGGCAGUGGAGAAAAUCACAAAGCAAGGAGCACAUUGCAGCUUUUGUGACAAAGACGGUCACACCUGUGACGGGUGCUUUAAGCGAAUUGGCUAUCCAGAUUGGUGGCCAUGA